AUGUCUUCAGAUGAUUUUAAUAAUUUAUGUAAAUCUUUACAAACUGGAGUUAAAAAGGCAUUAGAUGGAUUUAUAAAAUGGAUGGGUGUUUGGAUUCAUUUGCCAUUAAGCAUUUGCAGUCUAGAAGGUAAUUAUGGAUUAGAAUAUGCUAGUGCAUUUUUACAAGUAUUUUAUUCUUAUUCCAAAUCAUAUUCUCUUACUUUUUUACUUGAAGCAUUGUUCAAUCAAAAUUUCUUUGACCAGUUUAAUAACUUUGCAAAUUCAGAUGGACAAGAACCAUGA